UCUUACCACCAUAAGAAUCAUGGCCGGCAAACAACAGGACACAGUUGAUGCAGCGAUGUUUGCUCCAGAUAAAGAACAGAGCAGCAGGAACACAGUGAACUCGUUCACAAUUGUAAUAAAGGUCAAGGCAGAUAAGGAGCAUAGCAGUGGGUUCACAGUUGACUCAGCUAAAAUCAUGGAUGAGAAAAGACAGAGAAAUGGGAAUGAAAAUGAGUCAGCAAAAAUCAUCAAGUCCCAUGAAGAACCAAGCAGUGGGGACACAGUUGAUGCAUCAAAGUUACCAGAGGUCAUUAAGGCCCCUGAAGAACCAAGCAGUAGCAGUAGUAACACAGCUGACGCAGAAAAGUUGCCAGUUGAAAAGACCUCCCCUUCAGUAAGAGCUGUGCCUACCAUCAAGGACUUGGAGGGUCAGUGCAAAUACCGGAUGGACUUCCCCUGUCUGGGAGUCUGUCUGAUCAUCAACAACAAGAACUUUAAAGAGGGAGCUCCAAUGCCUAAAUGCCUCACUGGAAAUGGACUACUGUCCACUAGAUCUGGCACAGAUGUGGAUGAAGGCGCUCUGAAGAAGACAUUUGAGACUCUGGGAUAUAAAGUCAUUGUGCACAAAGACCUCACUAAAAAACAAAUGAAGCAGGAGCUGGAGAAAGUGUCUAAUGAGGACCACAGUAACAACGCAUCCUUCGUUUGUUUCAUUUUGAGCCACGGAAAUGAAGAAGGGAUCAAUGGGACAGACGACACAGUGAAACUUGAAAAACUCACCAAAUAUUUUAAAGGCGACGAAUGCAAGACUCUCAUAGGGAAACCCAAACUCUUCUUUCUACAGGUAUGUCGCGGUGAAAACUUAGAUUCUGGGACGGCAAUGGACAGAGACCUGGUUGAUGCCACAGCGCUGCCCAUUACACCAAAGAUCCCAGUGGAGGCAGACUUCCUGUACGCUUACGCAACAGCUCCAGGAUACUACGCCUGGAGGAACGCUGAGAAUGGCUCUUGGUUCAUUCAGUCUCUGUGUGAGAUCCUACCGAAAUACAAACACCUGGAGCUGAUGCAGAUCAUGACCAGAGUCAACAGAAAAGUGGCACUUGAUUUUGUGUCGUCCAACAGUAAAAAGGAAUUUGAUGGCAAGAAAGCAAUACCCUGCUUCACCUCCAUGUUGACCAAAGACUUCUACUUACCAGAAUAGGUUUUAAAGGUGCACUAUGUAACUUUCCUGGUGGAGAAUCCAUCACCUGUUUCUCUCUAUGGAGAUGUUAUUGCUGGAAAUGUUCACAGUGUGGCAUUAAACUUAUUCUUCUCCAUGGAGACAGGUGAUGCCCAGAGGCAAAGUUACAGAUCAUAUCUGUGGAGAGGAGUAAAUGCCCUUCCUCACAUUAAAGAGGAAUUAUUGUAUCAAUGCAAUCAUAUUAAAGUAUGUGUUUAUUUUGAUUUUCAAUGUGAUCUAAACUAUUACACAAGCAGCCAAUUCUGUUUAAUUCAAUUCAAUUCAUUUUA